UCAUACACUAGCUCAAGUCAACCUGCAAUUUGGCUCAACAUUUGAGCCAAAAAACUAUUCACAAUCGGCGGGGUUUUGUUGCAGAAAUCUUCCUCUAUAAAUUUCCCGUGGACUGAGCACGAAUUUGGAACCCUGGAUGGGAUUUUAGACAUGUUUUCUCACUAAUAAACUGGGCUAGUAAUGCAGGAGACAGCGACUCUGUCAGUGGCUCAAGAUGGCAGAUUUUUAUUGAGUUCUGAACAGAAAUCUUGCUUUAUUUUUUGCCAUGAAUAACAGAAGUCCUUGCACCGAUGGCCCCUGUAUACGAAGGUAUGGCCUCGCAAGUGCAAGUCUUGUCCCCUCACACUCUCCAGUCAAGUGCCUUCUUUAGCGUGAAGAAGCUGAAGGUGGAGCAGAGUUCAUACUGGGAUAUGACAGGGUACGGCACACACAGCAAAGUCGUCUACAGCCAGAACAGCAAGCAGCAAGUGUCCCAAGCCACCUCUCUGGGAAUCAACUCCUCUCUGCCCUACGAGCAGCCUGCGCUCAUCUUCCCAGCGAGCGCGGGGCAAAUUGUGGUUGCCUCGGCCAGCAGUACCUCAGGCACUGCAGGGCCUCUGGGGCCUCUGUUGGGCUUGGGCAGUAGCGGUAGUGGCGGUGGAGGCAGUAGCAGUAGCGGAGGAGGAAGCGGUGGAGCAGUCCACAACCUGACCCGUCGCAGCACUGUCAGCCUGCUGGACACCUACCAGCGAUGCGGGCUUAAGCGCAAGAGUGAGGAGCUCAACAACAGCAACAGCAGUGUGACGAUCAUCGAGGAGCACGGCGGCAGCACAAUGAUGAUCCAGAACGCAGCCAGCGGGGCCACAGUGGCCACCGCCACGGCAACAGCCACAUCGACAGCCACAUCCAAGAACAGUAGUUCCAACAAUGAAGGUGACUACCAGUUGGUGCAGCACGAGGUGGUCUGCUCUAUGACCAACACCUACGAGGUGCUAGAGUUCUUGGGCAGAGGCACCUUCGGCCAAGUGGUCAAGUGCUGGAAGAGGGGCACCAACGAGAUUGUGGCCAUCAAGAUCCUGAAGAACCACCCGUCGUACGCACGCCAGGGCCAGAUCGAGGUGAGCAUCCUGGCCCGGUUGAGCACAGAGAGUGCAGACGACUACAACUUUGUGCGCGCCUACGAGUGCUUCCAGCACAAGAACCACACAUGCCUGGUGUUCGAGAUGCUGGAGCAGAACCUGUACGACUUCCUCAAGCAGAACAAGUUCAGUCCGCUGCCAUUGAAGUACAUCAGGCCGGUCUUGCAGCAGGUGGCCACAGCCCUGAUGAAGCUCAAGAGCCUGGGCCUGAUCCAUGCCGACCUGAAGCCAGAGAACAUCAUGCUGGUGGACCCCUCCAGGCAGCCCUACCGAGUCAAGGUCAUCGACUUUGGCUCGGCCAGCCACGUGUCCAAAGCUGUGUGCUCCACCUACCUGCAGUCCAGAUACUACAGAGCUCCAGAGAUCAUCCUGGGCCUGCCCUUCUGUGAGGCCAUCGACAUGUGGUCCCUGGGCUGUGUCAUCGCUGAGCUCUUCCUAGGCUGGCCCCUCUACCCAGGAGCCUCCGAGUACGACCAGAUCCGGUACAUCUCUCAGACACAAGGGCUGCCUGCGGAGUACCUCCUGAGUGCAGGGACUAAGACUACCAGAUUCUUCAACAGAGACACAGACUCCACCAACUACCCCCUGUGGAGGCUGAAGACACCUGAGGACCAUGAGGGAGAGAUGGUGAUCAAGUCCAAGGAGGCCCGGAAGUACAUCUUUAACUGCCUGGAUGAUAUGGCUCAGGUGAAUAUGACAUCAGAUUUGGAGGGCAGCGACAUGCUGGCGGAGAAGGCAGACCGUAGAGAGUUCAUCGACUUGUUGACCAAGAUGCUUACGAUCGACGCGGACAAACGGAUCACCCCCAUCGAGACCCUCAAUCACCCCUUCGUAACCAUGACCCACCUCCUCGACUUCCCCCACAGCACACAUGUCAAGUCCUGCUUCCAGAACAUGGACAUCUGUAAGCAUCGCAUGGGCAUGUACGACACGGUCAACCAGAGCAAGACCCCUUUCAUCACCCACGUGGCCCCCAGCACCUCUACCAACCUCACCAUGACCUUCAACAACCAGCUCAACACUGUGCACAGCCAGGCCACCAACCUGGCUCCCUCCACCACCAGUACCACCCUUUCCCUUGGCAACUCCGAUGUCUCCAUACUAAACUACCGAGCUGCACUCUACCAGCCCUCCACAGCCUCCAUGGCUGCCGUGGCACAGAGGAGCAUGCCCCUGCAUCCUGUGGCCCCUCAGCUCUGUGCUGCCCGGCCUGACCCCUUCCAGCAGGCCCUCAUCGUCUGCCCACCUGGCUUCCAAGGUCUGCAGGCAUCUCCGUCCAAACACACGGGCUACUCUGUACGGAUGGACAACGCCGUUCCCAUAGUGACGCAGGCCCCCGGCGCCCAGCCCCUGCAGAUCCAGCCAGGCCUGUUGACACAGCAGGCCUGGCCCAAUGGCACCCAGCAGAUCCUCCUCCCACCAGCCUGGCAGCAGCUCACCCACACCUCAGUCCAGCACGCCACCGUCAUCCCUGACUCCAUGACGGCCUCCCAGCCCCUGGCUAACUGGAGGAAUUCUCACCCACACGGCGGCCAUUACAAUCCCAUCAUGCAACAGCCGGCGCUGCUGGCUGGCCACGUCACCCUCCCAUCCAACCACAACCAGCCUCUCAAUGUGGGCGUGGCCCAUGUGAUGAGGCAACCGUCAACCAAUAACAACAACUCCUCUUCCAAAAAGAACAAGCAGCAUAAGAUGACUGCCAGGAAUGUGUCUGCGUACGAGGUGUCCUCCUCCCAGGCGGUACUAUCACCACAGCGCUCCAAGCGGGUGAAGGAGAACACCCCUCCACGUUGUGCUGUGCUUCAGAACAAUGGCCCUUCCUCCGGCUCCAGCUGCGGACCCCCCCUGGGCUGUGGAGGGUGGGGACGGGGCGAGGCAGAGCAGGCCUCCAGCACCACCCGGGACCACCACCAGCACCACAACGGGCAGCGUCAGACCAUCAUCAUCCCUGAUACGCCCAGCCCUGCCGUCAGCAUCAUCACUAUCAGCAGUGACACGGACGAGGAGGAUGAUCACAAUCAGAGCAACACCAACCAUACCAGCUCAUCCAAGCAGAGGAAGAACAUCAUCAGCUGUGUCACAGUACACGACUCCCCCGACUCGGACUCAUCCAGUAACAACAGUCCCUAUGCAGUAGAGUCCAGGCUGCCCAACAACAACGGCUACCAUGACUCCAAGACCACCCUACUGGACAACUACAGCAACGGAAACAACCUUCGCUCCAUCAUCAUUCCCCCUCUGAAGAGCCAGUCCAGCGAGGUGCUGAGCGAGUGUGAGCGCCUGAUACCAGGUACCUACACAGGUAUCUACACAGAUGCAAUGAAUCAUCAGAAUUCGGCGUACAAGUUCAAAACCUCCAACGGCGUGGGCAUGGUGUCUGGCAACAACCACCUGUCGGGGGGUGUGGCUUACCGACAGCAGCGCUCGGGGCCACACCCCUUCCAGCAGCAGCAGCCUCUCAAUCUCAGCCAGGUAUGGAGAGAGAGCCAAGCCCAGCAGCACAUGGUAACUGAGCGGAACGGAGGCCACCGGCGCCAGCAGGCUUACAUCACCCCAACCAUCGGCGCCCAGGCGCCCUACUCCUUCCACCACCACAACAGCCCUUCUCACACUGCCAACGUGCACACCCACCUGUCUGCCACCCACCUGUCUGCCACCCACCUGGCUGCCACCCACCUGGCUGCCACCCACCUGCCCGGCCAGCCCCACCUCUACACCUACACCACCACGCCCGCAGCCCUGGGCUCCACGGGCACUGUGGCCCACCUGGUGGCAACCCCGGGCUCUGCCCGCCACACGGUCCAGCACACCACCUACCACACACCGGGCAUCGUUCACCAGGUGCCCGUCAGCAUGGGGCACCAUGUGCUGCCCUCGCCCACCCUCCACCACAGCCAGUACCAGGCUCAGUUUGCUCACCAGACAUACAUCAGCGCCUCGCCUGCCUCCACAGUCUACACUGGAUACCCGCUGAGCCCUACCAAGGUGAACCAGUACCCUUACCUCUAGAGAAAAGCCAACACACUGGAGACCCAGACCCCCCCAGAUCCAGACCCCAGCAAUGAUGCUGCUGCUGCUCAAUCCAUGUCCUCCCUCCCUAUCCCCACUCCACAGACAGAGAGAUAGAGAGAGAGACAUGCAAUCUUUAAAAAACUGUCACGUUUACUUGAAGACAUAACGACAGAGGAGAAAGGUAAAUAAAUAGACAGCCCCUCUAGUAAGAGAAAGGACAGGUAGAAUAUAUAUUAUUCUUUUUCUAUUCAUCAUUUUUUCUCUCCAAAAGGGCCAGUUUUGCUUUGUUUUCUCUCUUUCAAAUGAGAGUAAUUUCUCGUAAUUUUACAGCAAUGUCUUCAUAAAGGGCCUUUGGGAGAGAUGGAGGGUUUUUGUUCUUCUAAAACAGCGUUUUGUUUGUUUUGGUUUUCCCCUCUUGAAUUGGAAAGGGACUGUUUUAACAAGGGGUCCCUCUCUUGAUGUUGGAAUUCCCAACGUAAGAAUUCCCAUGAGAAUUCCCAUGAGGAUUUGGGAAUGAAGGUGAAAUAUGGAAACCUGCUGCUCUUCAAAGAAUACAAAAAAUAAUGAUGGCCUUGAACUGUCUUAAACAUUUCCAAAUAAUUAAAUGUGUGGGGGAGAGAGAACAAAGCACCCCUCCGCCUCCCCACCCCUCCUUCUCCAACAGACAACUGGAGUCAGGAGUCUUCUGGAAAUAUAACCAACGAAAGACAAAAAAUCGUUCUAGUCUAUUAAUAGGUAUUUUCCCUUUGUUUUUUAGUUCUCGCCUUUUUGAGGAGACUUAUGUUUUAGGUAUAGGAGUCUUAGCUGGGCCACGUUUUUAGAAUGUAGCAGUCUGCACCCAUAUUAUUUUAUGAAUAACUUUUUCUGAUACCAAUAGAAUUUAUUUGUUCCUCUUUUUCCAAUGUGAUUGCACAAAGUGGUUAUAAUAACAUAGGCAUGUACAACGUGAUUGUCUGUGUGUGCGUGUGCUACUGUCAGCCAUGUGUGUGUAGUCCACCUCUUGCACCUUUGUGCUAUAAUACUCGGAAUCCUACGCAGUCUUAGGUUUGACCAUUGUUCCCUCGUAGUGCCUUACAGAUAUAACGACACAGUUUACUUCGCUGGAACCUUGAGAACCAACAGACUAGCUGGAACUGGUUCCUUUCAUUGAUGUCUUAUUGUCGGGGCAGAUUUGAUUUAUCUUCCAGGUGUAGGCUUAGCCCCUAGCUCUGUGUCCUAUCCUUAUGACAGUAUACUACAGAGAUAAGAGGUCAGAGUUCAUAUUUACUUGACCUUUGGCUUUUUUGUUAAGUGUACAUGAGUUUAACUUGCCUGGGGUACUGAACCAAAGUCGUUAGAUCAAUCCUCUUGACAUUGUGUGCUGGAUAUAAAUGUUAAUUUGUGUUCAGUAUAACUGUAAGUCACCGUGGUGCACAUACAUACAAUGGCUUUAGUUUGAGAUGUAUCACACAAGGGAAUCUGUACAGGAAAAAUAGAACAGAGAAGUAUCAGCACAAGGAUCCAUUUAGGGGAAACAGACAAUGCAAAAAUACAAGAAAGUGACUGUCAAAAACAUUUUAUGUGAUUUCAAGUGACAGAGUCCAGAGUUCGAGAAAAAAUAGGAAUCUAAGGUUAAAAGCUAAGCCAAUAGAAAGGCCUGAUGGGAAGUGGUGGUUGCUAUGGCGGUGAUCCUCAGAAGGCCACCGAGAAAGAGCCUGGUUGUUUCAUUAGGGAAGCAGAGUAUUGAGGGCUGCUGAGAGGUUGCUGGCUAGGAGUCAGACCUGGGUUCAAAUACUAUUUGAAAUCUUUUAAAUAACUAUAAUGUUUGUUUUAGCCUGCCUGCAGUGCCAGAUGGGCGGGGUUUGCAGUUUUUCAACUAUUGCAUUGCGCCAGGCAAACUCUGUCAAGCCCAGCUAAAGUAUUUGAAAUGAUUUUAAAUAGUAUUUAAACCCAGAUCUGGCGGGAGUGAGUGAGUGAGUGAGUAAGGGGCUAGUAGAAAGCAUUUGGUUGGUCUGGAUAAGAACUGAGGAUGGCAGAGUGGUAGGGGUGGCUUUCCUCAUGUAAAUGGGUCUAAAAGAAUAGCAUGUUGGCACGGAGCAGGUUGGUAGUAACAGUGACAGUGGGCAGGAGUUACAGGGGCAAUGCAUGAAUGCACACCUAACUCUGAUACAAGUUGUUGUGUUGUUGUUGUGGUCUUGCAAAGAUAAAUGGAAGUUAUUUAGUCAUUUCUGCUCUGAUGGUUGUGUAGCACCUCACAGCAUAGAGAGAGAUGUGAACGGAACAGAAAUGCUACUGCGUACACCUGGAAGGGCUUACUAUGAAAUGGGCUUCAUUUGUUGACACUUUAUCCAUUUUGUCUUCGGAAUCAUGUGUUCACAGACAUCAUACCACCAGAAAGGGAUACCUGAUAGUAAGAGAACUGAUUGGGCUAUUGCUUCUAUGUGUUUGCUGCUUAAUUUAAUAUCAGUUUUAUUUCUAGUAGCCAAUGAUAUAUGAUUACUCUGUUUGUUGUAGUGUCCUCAUGAAGUAGGCACAUCAGAACUGCUUGUGGUUUUAGCGAGAGCCUUCCCCCUUAUCCCCUCAUGUCAUGCCAUAGUACUUCAUUUGAAGUGAUUAUUUUAUUUUAACGUUAUUAUUGAACUUUUAAAAUGGCUGUAGGUACAGAAUAUACUGUAUUGUGUUAUUUUACAGAUUGUUGCAAUAAUUCUCGUGGAUGUUUUUAUCAGUGCAAGUGAUUUGUUAUUAGGCUCAUUUCUAUUUUGAUUUGUAACCGGGAGUUGCUGUACAGUGAUGUUAUGUAUUCAUAGGGGGAGGGGGUGUAUACCUGUGUAAAGUGUUCAGGCACAGUUGAGUUAUUAAGGUUAUAAAGUUGACAAUAAUCCAUUUGAGCCCUUAUAGGUAGGUAGCUUAGACUUGAGUGUGUCAGACCCAGGUUUGCUCCCUAAACUAAACCUAAAACAUCAACAUUUAGGUACUUCACCAAUACGCCACCACACUCCCUCCAACCGGCUCCACCAUGCAAGCCUUGGGUUCCUGGCAGAUGUGAUGCGUAACAUGUAUAGGUUGCUGGUUAUAUCAUUUUCUUUCUGUUCUGUGGUGUAUCCUUGUUGGUACUUUUUUGUUGAUUUCCAUGAGGCCUGUGGGCCUAAGAACACAGAUAAGGGAGAUGCUUUUCCACACGAGUGGUUGGCCCCUCCAUAAAGAGGCAGACUACUGAAACAUUCCACUGCAGGGAGAAUCUGGCGUCCAUACUGCACACCCUACAGUCUCUAUAACUAUCUGAUCACGGGGACUGACUUGUCAUUUUGGGACUUUUCUUUCUUCCCACCAAAGAAAUUCAACAUGUUGAUGAUGUACUGUACAAACACAAAUAAUCCCCAUGUGGUCUGGCAAUAACUUCUGGUCUAAACAUGUACCUUUACAGCACAUUGAGUGUGCUUUGAGGGCUAUUGAUGGGUUCAAAGCAAAUGUUAGUGUGUGAGGUGUACAGAUAUAGUACUGUAGAAAGACUGUAUGUGCACAACACACAGAUACACACUCAUACAGUGGCUUGCGAAAGUAUUAACCCGCCUUGGCAUUUUUCCUAUU